AUGGCCAGCGAUGAUGAAGUCCCAACUACCCCUGGUGCUGGUGUAUCGACCACAUAUCUUCUUAUUGUUAAGGGAGAGGGGUCUUCAGCUGAGAUUUUCGUCAUUUCAGUUAUAUUAUGCAUAGCUUCAUUUGGGUACGCUGGUUCUGCUAAUAUUCACAAUGUUUUGGAUUAUGGAGCUGUUGGCAAUGGCAUAUCUGAUGAUACUCAAGCUUUACUAAAAGCGUGGGCGAGAGCGUGUGGUGGUGGUGGUGGGCCCAAUCCCAGCAUAAUAAUCCCAGCUGGGAAGACAUUUCUACUGAAACCCGUGGCCUUCAAUGGGCCUUGCAAGUCUAAAUCCAUCCUUUUUCAGGUUCUUGGGAAUCUGAUUGCUCCCAACACAAUUGCAGGAUGGGGUGGGGCCAGUAACUGGUUGACCUUUCACGGUGUAAAUGGCCUCAAAAUUGGCGGAUCUGGAAGAAUUGGUGGUCAGGGUGCCGUCUGGUGGGCCCAGUCUUGCAAAAUACACCCUGAGAAGAAAUGUACGCUCGCACCAACGGCACUGCUAUUAGAUGCAUGCAAUUACCUUCAUGUUUCCGGCAUAACGCUUUUCAACAACCCAAGGAAUCAUAUCUCCAUCAACAGCUGCAACAACGUAUACAUCUCUUCAGUUACUAUAACGGCCCCUGCAGAUAGCCCAAACACUGAUGGUAUAGACAUUGAACACUCCCAAUAUGUGAAUAUUUGGCAAUCCACCAUAGGAACAGGAGAUGAUUGCAUUGCUAUUGGUAAUGGUGGCAAGAACGUUAAUAUCAGCUGGGUGACAUGUGGACCGGGUCAUGGUAUAAGCAUUGGAAGCUUAGGACAAGACGACGAAUUCGCAGAGGUUGAAAAUGUCCAAGUGAUGCAUUGUACAUUCACAGGAACUUUAAAUGGGGCCAGGAUCAAGACAUGGCAGGGAGGGUCUGGGUACGCCCGAGGGAUCUUAUUUGAUGAUAUGCAUAUCAACAACGUUGAGAAUCCAAUCAUCAUUGACCAAUACUAUUGUAAUGGUGAUCACAACUGCAACAAUCGAGUAAGAAUGCUGCCUCUUUUUUCUUUUCUUUUUUUUGUCCUUAUGAUUUUGGAAUUAGAGAAUAAGACAUUGUUUCAAAAUGAGAUUUACUCCUCUAUUUUGAUGUACUCUCCUUAUUCUUCCCCCUUUAUAUGUCAUCAAAAGAAAAGACUCCAAAGAGGGCCAAAGUUCCAAAAGUAGCCAACACGCCUAUAACAUUGGCCGAGUCAACUCAACUGGACUUGGCAAGUUAUCGAGAUGAAUCAUAUGUACAUUGAGCUCACAAGAGUGACUGGAUCCCA